AGCGGCGAGGGAGUGUGAGUGCGCAGGUCGGUGUUCACUUGUGGGGUGAGCGGCGGCGGCGGCGGCCCCGAGGCCUGGCCCCGGCCUCAUGUGGUGAACGUGGCGCUGGACACUGACGGUCGAGGACAUCCUAUAGUUCAGCAUGUCUGACGUGGAAGGAGACGUUAGUGUUCCCGUGGCGGUGGGUGGCCCCAUGGACUUGAACACCGCAGUCCAGGAAGUGCUUAAGCAGGCUCUUAUGGCUGAAGGUCUUGCUCGUGGUCUUCAUGAAGCUGUGAAGGCUCUUGAUAAACGCAAGGCACUUUUGUGCUUAUUAGCCAACAAUUGUGAUGAACCUGGGUACUCUAAACUUGUUGAGGCCCUCUGUCAAGAACAUCAGAUAAAACUCUUGAAAGUUGAUUCUAACAAGAUGUUGGGCGAGUGGGCUGGUCUCUGCAAGAUUGACCGUGAAGGGAAGGCUCGCAAGGUCGUUGGAUGCUCAUGUCUUGUUGUUACUGACUAUGGUAAGGAGACCCAGGCUCAUGAUGUUGUCAAUGAAUAUUUCAAGAGCAAGGGGCAGUAAGGAAUUAUAUUCAUCAGAUACAGCCAUGGAGUACAACAGUGAAUCGGAGCUGCAAGAUUCUGCUUUGCAUUUUCAAGGGGCUGCCGAUUUCCACGUUUAAAAAAAAUAAAAUUAACAAAAAAAGUGAA